AUGGGCGCGCAAUGCGUAACAGGCGCCGCCGGUCACCCUGGAAGACCGCCCAAGCAGCGUCAUGCCGUCGCCUCGCCCAGAGCCCAACGCCCGUCGACGUUGCGAGAUGUCAACCACGAAAACGCUCAUGCAACUGCGACAUCAAUGGUUCCCACGCCUACACAAGCGAAUGAUUCCGCCAUGCACCUCCCUUCGCCAAGAGACCCCACUGCUCAUGAGCCAUUACCAGAUUUCUGGGGUGCGACGGGCGACAUCUCCGCUUUCUUCGACUCUUAUCCCUCUUCGAUGGAUCAUAGUCCCAUGUCGGGGGCAGACAGCGUCUCCCUAGCGGAUCAGCUUGGCACUUCAUCGCAGUUUCAGGGACUUCCAGGUGCAAACGAUGAAUUCGACAUGAUGCUUCAUAUGGAAGGAGUUCCUAGCACGGGUCUUGAUUCGAAUACUGGCCCGCUACUUAGUUGUGGGGAGAUUUCCGACCCAACGCCACUACCGCAAUUCUCCACCGCCGCAAGCUCUCUAGUAAUGUUCCGAGAGGAGAUAGACCAGCGCAUCGCGACAAUUGACACAUACUACUCAAAUGCUUCCAAAGUUCAACAGCGUUGCAAGGAUGAGGCUGCGGGAAGAGAUGUCGAGAAUCCAGCAGCUUUACUCCUGACAUGCACCAAAGAGUUCACCGGGAUUAUCCAAAACCUCACACCAGCGAGGCAGCUACACAUGCAGACCGAACAUACACUAAACACGGAAACCCUACUCCUAAUUCUGUCUAGCUACCUUGCGUUGAUGAGGCUCUUCGACUCCCUAUUCCAGCGCAUCCACAAAUAUCUCUGCCAAGUGUCGCCAGAGUCGUACAAGACCAUCAAGGUCAAGUCGGUACUCCGCAUCGGCGGUGUCUCUGCGCUUCAAGACAUGCCCCUCAAGGCGUAUGCUAUAGGCAUUCUAGACGCAAUUCAGGGCCAGGUACAAACCCUAGAGUGUUGCAUGGGGAUUCCAGCAGAAUAUUGUCUCUCAGGCGAGGCAGUUGCCUCAUCCACCGCGGCCGCUUCGGGUAUCUUCUCCAGUGCGCAACGACUCCGGCUGUUUUGGACCGUUAUGGCACAGGAGGAUGUCAAGUCACUGCAUGGAAGCAGCUCGUACGUAGAGUCGAUACGAGCCAGUAUCAAGGAGUCAAUGACAUUUCUUGACGACUAG